AUGGUAGCGAUGAUACCAUCUCUUGCACUUGUUCAACAGACACAGAUCAUUGCACGAUGUUUUCACUGGGAAAAUAAUUCAUGCAUCUUUUCGCCUUUAGAGCCUAUUCACUUUACAGGAUUAAAACUAACACGACAGACGGUGUGUAAGGCAGAUUUGUCCGUAGCAGUUAAGCAAAUUGAUUGGGAAUCGUCCGCCCGAGGACGUGGAUCCGUCGACAGCCUACUAAUCAAUGGUGUUGAGAUGCUACAGUCUCCAGUGUACCCGUCGCAGGUUUAUUUCAUAGCUAACUAUCCACAUUGUGGUGAUAUGUUUAACAUAUUUCCACCCUGGGGAAAUGGAAUUGUUGGACCACAAGGACGCAAGUCUAUUAUUCCAGAAAUUACAAGUGACAACCUGCCGAUAUCGAUUCACUAUAGCUGGAACGGUCCUCACAACGAUUUUCCCGUAUGUUCCAUGUCUGGGGUCUCCAUUGCAGGCUAUGCGGAAAUCAAUAUUUAUCUUGAGGCUCAGGAAAACACAGUUUGUCCAGGAUGGAAUGGCACCUCACAUACGGCUUGUUUUGGUAAUGGCGAUUGUGUCUGUGCCCCAAACGAUAUAAGUCCACGUAUCUGCUCAUGCGUGAACGGGUAUGCUGCUCCAGACUGCCGCGACUGCGCCAGUGGAUUCUUUGGCAAGGACUGCAAGCGAACCUGCGAGCCGUGCCUCAACGACGGCCGCUGCGAUUCAGGCUUGCUUGGGUCAGGAAAAUGUGUCUGUCCCGAAGGUUUUAACUCGGAUACCCGAUGUGCUACAUGCUUGCCCGGAUAUUUCGGCGAUAGAUGCAAGCGAUGUCCGGAUUGCAACUUUCCGCACGGAAACUGCGAUGACGGUCUAGCAGGCAGCGGUCGCUGCUCAUGUGCCGUUGGCUUUGACGCACAUAGCAAUUGCAUGGAGUGUAUGAGCACAUUUUUUGGACCUACAUGCCAGCCGUGCAAACCUUGUGAUGGUGGCGAGUGCAAUUACGGUCUAUUCGGUGAUGGAGAAUGCGUGUGUGCUGAAGGGUUUUCGUCCAAGUCACGGUGUCUUGAGUGCGAAAAGGGCUUCUACGGGCCAUCAUGUGCACCAUGUCGCACAUGCAAUGACCAUGGCCGCUGCAAUGACACUACAUGUGGCGACGGAGAUUGUAUUUGCGAUGAAGGCUACACUCCUGAAAGUCGGUGCUCUCUUUGCGACGACGGCUGGGAUUUUAAUCCAAUGACAAUGUCAUGUCAGUGUGCACCACAGCAUUUUGGAGCUCAUUGUCGGUCGUGUCCGAUCUGUGCCCCGCAUGGACAUUGCAACUCUGGGGUCGAUGGAGACGGGCGAUGCAUUUGCGAUGUUGGGUGGUCUAAUUCAAACAACUGCGUGGGCUGUAUGAGUAGUUAUUACGGCAAGAAUUGCAUUUCCUGUCGCAAGUGUGGUGAAGGACGUUGUGAUGACGGGUUGUACGGCACGGGCAAGUGCAAUUGCCAUCGUGGCUGGGACUCGCUCACAGACUGUUACGAUUGUGAAGAAGGAUUUUUUGGUGAAAAUUGUCAACCAUGCCCACACGACUGUGGCCACGGUAGUUGCUCCAGUGGAAUCAACGGGACUGGGGAAUGUUUGUGCCAAGAAGGUUGGAAACUUGAAGGAAAACUUCCUUGUACCACUUGCGCUGAAGGCUAUAUAGGACCCACUUGCCAGCUGUGCCCAGCGUUUUUGGAAAGCGAGGUAGCUUGCAGCGGUCAUGGUCAGUGUGUCAUGUCAGGAACGGAAGCAGUAUGUAACUGUGAUGCUCGCUAUGGUGGCGACGGCUGUGAGUCGUACGAUUUCCCGUUUGCAAUGGUCGUCAUUCUGGGCACCAUUGCACUCUCAACGUUGGGUUUCUGCAUGUGCACCAUGCGGCGCCUUGCUCGCCAGCCACAUGCCUUGCAAGGGCCAUUCCUGAACCGUGGAAACAGCUUUUCACAGUCUGAGUACGUUGAGAUUUCGGACAUGGCGGAUCUGGAAUACUUUGUUUCCAACGACAGCCGCGAUUGGCUCAUCCCGUUCAAUUCACUAUCUUUACAGUGCGAGGUUGGAAAUGGAACAUCUGGUCAGGUUUUCCGGAGUUUGUUGCACAGUGGCGGCGGCAGUUCUGUGGUAGCCGUUAAACGGCUGUAUAGUCCUGUGACCGGUCAGGAAUAUUUCCAGAGCUUUUUCCGACGUGAGGUUAGCAUUUUGAGUCGUCUGCACCACCCCAAUGUCGUGCGCUUCUAUGGUGUGAGUUACUACAACCGCGUGUUGUAUAUCGUAACAGAUUUUUGUCCGAAGUCACUGAGUGCACUCAUUGAGAAUCCAGCAGCCAAAGGCCCUCUGGAGGAACCUGUUUUUAUGAAGGUGAUUAGCCAGAUUGUAAGCGGCAUGGGCUUCUUACACAGCCGCAACGUGGUACAUCGCGACCUAAAGCCUGCAAACGUGCUCAUUUCGGAAACAGAAGAUGUCAACAUUUGCGACUUUGGUCUGUCGCGGCUUAUCGAGCCUGAUGCUACGACAAUGACCGCAGAAGUCGGAACGCCAAGCUAUAUGGCACCCGAGAUGGCUACCAUGGGUGGCAUCCAGUGCUCUACGAAGGGUGAUGUGUACUCAUUUGGCAUUUUGCUUUACUCCACCUGGUCUCGUAGUAAGCCCUACGGUGACCAAGGCAUGAAUCCGUUCCAGCUGAUGACGGCAGUCGUCAAUGGUCUUCGGCCAGUAAUUGCGAUUAACUGUCCGCCAGCACUGGCACGUCUAAUGAGGUCAUGCUGGCAUCAAAACCCGGAUAUGCGUCCUUCUUUUCCAGAGAUCAGUCAAAUUCUAAAGGACCAGCGACUACUGUCUAUGUUUGCUGAGGAUGAAGAGGGGUAUUACUACUCUGACACUCCUGAGCGUGUGCAGUCUUCGCAGCUCGCUCCAGCUUCCUCCUCUAUGUCUACAAUCGCUGCCGCAUCGUUUGGCCACUGCUGCGGCAGUCAGGAUCGUGUCAAAGCAAUGCCACCGGUAUCAUCGCCACGCCGCAGCAGUAACUAUGAAACCUACGAACGCGACGAAGAAGAGGAAGCCAUAUCCCCUCGAGAAGACGAUCAUCUUUUGAAUGAAGAAAAGCGGCCACAAUAG